AUUUAUUUAUCUCUCCAUGUCGUAAGACUUGGAUCCUAUAUGAUGCAUAGGAUUGAUGAUAUCAACAUAUUGUUGCGUUCUAAACAAUUAACCUUUCUGCAGAUAACGUUAUUUUCAGCGAUGCAAUCAGUUAUCGAUAAGAUGAAGGCAUUGGAACAUGUGGAGAAAUAUGUUGAAAAAGUCAAAGAAGACUCUGCCAAUGGAGAGUUAGAAAUUCUGGCCAAAGUGGAGGAAAUGAAGCAGAUUGUAGCCCGUACUAAGGAAGCAAAUGAUAUGCAUGCCGGAGAAGUUUAUGGAGAAAAGGCGAUUUUAGCAACGGAAACGAGGGAACUACAAUCUCGUCUGCUCAGCUUGUCUGAGGAAAGAGACAAAUCUCUUUCAAUUCUUGAUGAGGUUUUUAAAACAUAUUUUCUGGUUUUUCAAAAUCUCCCUCUUUUUUUGACCCUUCAUGCAUGCCUUAUAGCUAUAACCCGUGUCUUUUUGUCUCCCUCUUUGUUUUUUUCUUCACUAACUUGCAUCUUUCUGUAGUUAUUAUGAAGGAUAUAGAUGACUCAAGUUUGUUUAUAAAAUAAAAAGAAUACAUCAUCAUAUUAUUGUUUAUAAAACAUAUUAUGUUCAGUAUUUUGUUUUAAGGAACAGAAAAGUAAGAUGACUCAAGUUUGAGUUAUUUCUAGCCAUGAGAGUCAUCAUCUGUGAAAGAUUGGUA